AUGAAAGAUUUCUACCGAUUCGAACGCGUCGCCUCUCCCGAAUUCCGUUUAGGUGUAGCACGAGAGGCGGCAGACGCGCCGCGAUGGUGGGCCGCGACAGCCGCUCUGAGAGCGCGGCGCGCCCUUUGGCGCCGCGGCAUGAGUAGCGCUCGCUUGGCCCGGCCCGCGCGCCCGCCAUGGCGCAGGCCGCGCCCGCACAACGCACCCACUCCUUCGCCAAGAAGACCUUCCACAAGCCCACGUACUGCCACCAUUGCUCCGAUCUGCUCUGGGGGCUCAUCGGCCAGGGCUACGGCUGCGAAGGUACGCGCAUGCGCCUCAUACGUCGAUACGCGCGAAGCACGACCAGUUAUGCAACCCGGGCGUCACCCGUCCCCCAUCACAGCCUCCGUCACCCAGGAUCCCGGCUGUUCCCACCUACCGACCGAGACCUUCGCUUUCCACCUUCCCGAUACCGCCUGGCCCCCAUCCCGUGUCCCACCGGCGGCACCGGUUUCAGAAUCAGCUGAAAAAGAUGUUGGCGAAAACUGUGAGAUAUCGAUCGGUCUGUUUUGUAUGAGGUUUUUUUCCAAGCGGCGCGGGGCGGUGGGGGGUGACGUACACCCCACCCGGCGCGUAGCCUACUGUUUGGUAAGUCACCAUUAA